CGCACACACCUCCCGGGGAAAGAAAAGUGCCGCACGGCGAUGGCACGGUCUCGCGAGAGCCGAGCUCGGGAGCCACGCCCCCGAGGGUGCGAUACUGGGAAUGCGUUUGGACUUCCGCCGCUCGAGUGCGAUUGGGCCGCUGUGUCACGUGGCCCGGCGGUUACCGCGGCGACCGGACGGGCGCGCGCCGGGCCUCGCCCACCUUCCGGGCUGUCAAUGGGAGCCCCGAGCGCCCAGGAUGCGGGCGCCCGCCAGGGAGCUGUUCCGAGACGCCGACUUCCCCGCCUCGGACUCCUCACUGUUUUCCAGCUUCUCCACGCCGCUGGCCCAGUUCCGGGAGGACAUCACGUGGAGGAGGCCCCAGGUGCCAGGAAAGAUGAGAACAGAGAGAUGCCUGCUGGAUUUGACCACACAGAGGAGAUCUGUGCCACACCCCGGCUGUUUGCAGAUAACCCACGGGAAGGACAGGUGAAGCAAGGGCUGCUGGGAGACUGCUGGCUCCUGUGCGCCUGUGCUGCCCUGCAGAAGAGCCGGCGCCUCCUGGACCAGGUCAUUCCUCCAGGACAGCCGAGCUGGCUCGACCCAACGUACCGCGGCUCCUUUACCUGUCGAGUUUGGCGGUUUGGACGCUGGGUGGAGGUGACCAUAGAUGACCGUCUGCCUUGUCUUGCAGGGAGACUCUGCUUCUCCCGGUGCCAGAGAGAGGAUGUGUUCUGGCUUCCCUUACUGGAGAAGGUCUACGCCAAGGUCUAUGGGUCCUAUGAGCACCUGUGGGCCGGGCAGGUGGCGGAUGCCCUGGUGGACCUCACUGGUGGCCUGGCGGAAAGGUGGAGCUUGAAGGACUUGGCGAGGACCGGCGGCCGACAGGACAGGCCUGGCGGCUCAGAGCACAGGACUUGUCGGCAGCUACUCAGCCUCAAGGACCGGUGCCUGAUAAGCUGCUCGGUGCUCAGUCCCAGAGCAGGUGCCAGGGAGUUGGGGGAGUUUCAUGCCUUCAUUGUGUCGGAUCUGCGAGAGCUCCGGGGGCGGACUGGCCAGGCCAUCCUGCUGCUGCGCAUUCAGAACCCCUGGGGCCGGCGGUGCUGGCAGGGGCCCUGGAGAGAGGGGGGCGAAGGGUGGAGCCGGGUGGACCCGGCGGAUGAGGCUACACUGCUGUCCCAGCUGCAGGAAGGGGAGUUCUGGGUGGAAGAGGAGGAGUUCCUCCAGGAGUUUGAUGAGGUCACCGUGGGCUUCCCGAUCACGGAGGCUGGCCACCUACAGAGCCUCUACUCAGAAAAGGAGCUGUGCCACACUCAGGAGCUACCCGGGGCCUGGGUCAAGGGGCAGUCUGCAGGAGGCUGUCGGAACAACAGCGGCUUUCCCAGCAACCCCAAAUUCUGGCUGCGGGUCUCGGAACCAAGCGAGGUGUAUGUUACCGUCCUGCAGAGACCCAGGGUGCGCACAGCAAACUGGGCAGGCCGGGCUCGGGCACCGUUGAGGGACGACCGUGCCUCAUGGACCCCGGCCAGCCUCCUGGGCAAGGACUACCAGGCCGUGGGCCUGCAUAUCUGGAAGGUGGAGAAGCGGCGGGUCAGCCUGCCCAGGGUCCUGUCCACGCCCCCCGUGGCUGGCACUGUGUGCCACGCCUACGACCGGGAGGUCCACCUCCGCUGUGAACUCGGCCCCGGCUACUACCUGGCCGUCCCCAGCACCUUCCUGAAGGACGUGCCGGGGCAGUUUCUGCUCCGGGUCUUUUCCAGUGGGAGAGUCUCCCUCAGUGCCAUCAAGCCGGCGACCGCGAGCCCUGCCUCUGGGGAGGCCCUGCCCGCAGGGGAGUGGGAGACCGUGCAGCUGCGGGGCUCUUGGCGAAUCGGCCAGACGGCGGGGGGCAGCAGGAACUUCGCCUCCUACCCCACCAACCCUUGCUUCCCCCUCUCGGUCCCCGAGGGCACAGGGCCCCGCUGCAUCCGAAUCACUCUGCGCCAACACUGCCGUGACAGCGAGUGCCACCCCAUCGGCUUCCACGUCUUCCAGGUUCCGGUGGAUGGCGGGAGCCAGGGCGCGUCCCGCCUGCUGCUCCAGGACCCUCUGCUAAGCUGUGUGCCACACUGCUACGCCCAGGAAGUGAGCCGGCUCUGCCACCUGUCGGCGGGGACCUACAGGAUUGUGCCCUCCACCUACCUGCCGGACACAGAAGGGGCCUUCACGGUGACCAUCGCCACCAGAAUAGACAGGCGCUCCAUUCACAGCCAGGAAAGGCUGGGGCAGCUUCUCCAGGAGGCCUCCUUCGUGGCAGUUAUGAAAACCUAACUGGGUGACCCCCGUGUCGGCUCCGGUGACUGGGGGGUGAGAGGCCCCCUCCGACGGUGCCACCAGCCUCCAUGCUGUGGCUCACAGCCCCGAGUCGGACGGCUGCACGUGCCCGCGGGUCCUGCAGGGAGGUGGCCGUGGGGCGAAGCAGGUGCCUCGGAAAAGCAAAAACCGCUGCAUCGGGCGUCCUUGUCCCAUGGCGCUGAGGCCGGAGAGCCUCCCAGAGACCCUCGGCGGCAUCUGUCCCCGGCUCCGGAGAGAGGCCUCACAGGGGACAAGAGCGUGUCAGGACAAAUCUUGUUUAGAACUAGUUAUUACGGCAGACGUUUUUAGGAAGAAACUUUAUGAAUAAACGUGAGUACUGA